AUGAGUACAGAAAAAACAACUGAUUUCAGCAGUUCACAAGCAAAAUCUAAAGAGAAUAGAAACGAAAAUCAAACGACGAUGAGUACAGAAAAAACAACCGAUUUCAGCAGUUCACAAGUAAAAUCUCCUGAAUCCCCACCAAAUGUCCUCUUCUACAAGAAUAAAAUUCCAGCUAAACCAAAUAAUGAACAUAUUGAAGAAAUACUGAAUUGGCGUGAAGACUAUGAUGAGUUAGAGUAUAACCAUUCGUACAUUCAAUGGCUCUUUCCGAACCGAGACAUGGGAAUGAACUCAUUGGCCUGUGCCCUUACCGAUAAAGAAGCAGAGAUUAUUCGUACUUCAGACGAUCUGAGAGGAAAAGUGAAGGCAGCUUUUGAAAUGAUGCUAGAUUUUUAUGGCAUGGAACUCACAAAGAAUAAUGAAUUUAAACUUGCAGAAAACUCUGAAGAAAGACUUGCCGAACUUAACAAAAGGUACAAUCACAAUUUUCUUCGUAUCACAAGAAUUUUGUUAGCACUCAAAGAACUUGGACAUAAGGAAUUGACACUGCCGUGGAUGAAAUUUCUAGCUGACCUCAUCUAUAAGGAAAAUAAAUUAAAUUGUGCACAAAGCAGUUUUGAGAAUUUUUGGAUUGAUACUUUAGACGCUGAAGACAAAUUACAACUUACUGACUAUCGAAAUACAUUGUUACGUAACACAAAAUCUAAGGAGAAACUGAUUUCUUCAAGUUCUGAUAAUGUCUCUCCAGUUAGCACUACCCCAAAUGAUAAUGAUGAUUUAGAAAAUUCCACUCCCAAUAUUUUUCCCAAUAGUGACAAAAGCACUCCUACUCCAUCUACAGAUUCUAUGUCUUCCUCUCCAGUUUCUGAUACUUCAAAAGAUACUGAAGCAAAAGCCACAGAAGUUGAUGUUGAUGCAAAAUCCACUUCUACCAAUAUUAAUGAUACGGUUCCUAAAAGCACUCCUACCGUAUCUACAGAUGCUAUGGCUUCCUCCCAAGUUUCUGAUACUUCAAAACCUGCUGAAGAAAUAACCAAAGAAGAUGAUGCAAAAUCUACUCUUAACAUGACAUCUGAAAAGAAUGCAGUUACCGAACACAUUUCAUAUAUUAAAAAGGAAAUGAAUCAAUUUUGCUAG